GAUAUUUGUUUUGCAUUACAGCUUCCUGGUCUCUUACGACCUAGCGCAUUGAACACGGAACAUUUGAAUUCCUCGACCGGAAGCACAGUGUACUUCCUAUUGUUCAUCAUUCCUCAAGAUGAUCAUCUCUGCCAUCUUGUCCUUUUGCCUAACGUUUUUAUGCUUUCCUCGAUCAGUUGUGUCUGUGCACACUUUCACUAUACAUCACGCGCAAAAUUACGAUAUUCAAGGUGUACGCUACGGAAGCAGGAACAACGCCAUGGAUUGUGAUGCGCAGGCUCUUACCUCUCGACUGGUGUCGCGCAGAUGCUUGUUGCUACGGUUAUCAGAGGCUGGGAUAGACACAAUUCAGAACGCUGCAUUCCACAAGAUCGCCGGAGUUGUUAUACUUCUUCCUUCAUCCAGUUGGUCUGCUGAACUUCAAAGCAAUUUUGCUGCGCUUGAACAUGAUUUGCUGACUCAUGAGAUCUCUAUACCAGUGUAUUUUGCGACAGAAAACAGAAAUUUAACUAGCAUUUAUCGGGAUUUGAAAGACGUCGAUGAUACGGACUUGAAGAGUCUUACUGCACUACUCAACACCAUCAUGUGGUCUACCGGGUUUCGAUUUGUUGUUCGCUCUAGUCCUCCAAAACCUAUAAGCGAUGCUUCAAUUUUCAACAUUGAAGGCAGAAUUGGCGACAGUAGCCGCAGAUUGCCUUUCAUUGUCAUAUGUGCCCAUUACGACUCUAUGUCCUCCAUUCCAAGUUUGUCUCACGGAGCGGAUGCAAAUGGAAGCGGUGUUGUUGUACUACUGGAGCUCGCCCGCUUAUUUUCUCGGCUCUAUGCUUUGUAUUCAGGGCGUUCACAGUAUGGAUUUAUCUUCGUACUCACUGGUGGUGGAAAGUACAAUUUCUUGGGGUCCAAACAUUGGCUUGAGCAUGGGACAGAAGAUUUCAUCUCGUCAGAUUUCGAUUCUGUUUCACAAGUCAUUUGCCUGGAAGGUUUGGGAUCGCGAACUUACCCCUCGGAUUUGUAUAUGCACAUGUCGCGACCUCCGAAAGAUGGUUCAUUCUCUGCUUUAUUUCUUCAAAAUAUUAACCUGGCAAUUCGUUUACACUCCGUUUCCAACGUUGGCAGCGAAAUAAAUGAGUCAGUAAACUGGGUUCAUAAGAAGAUCAAUCUAAAGCAAGAAGUAUUAGCUUGGGAGCAUGAGCGAUUUUCCAUACAUCGUGUGCCAGGUUUGACGCUCUCGUCUUGGCCCUCGGUGCAUAUUGCUCAUCUUCAUCGACGUAACUCUUUAGAUGGCGGCCCUUUAUACCGUACAGCAGUCCACGGGAGAGAUGACUUCACCAGAUCUGCUCUCCAUGGAAACGUAGAUCCGAAAUUGAUAUCGCGGAAGGUGUUGCUACUGGCGGAAGCUCUCGUCCGCAUGGUGUUCAAUGACACAGGCCAAUCAGAUCUAACCGCCGAUACACCAAUUAUUUCUCCUGACUGGGUCACUGAAACCACUGUAACCCCUCUGCUUAACCUGUUAACAAAUCACCCUCGUAGCACUCAGUUGUUAAAUGAACAUACUAAAACCCAACCGAAAGCCAAGCAACGAGUUGCUGCUACCGAACGACGUGACUUAUCCACACUUCCAAGAUUAAUUCGUAGUCUAGAGUAUAUCCUCUCAGAAUCCCUUCAGGAUGUUCGUAUUUCUCGUUAUCCACUUUCGACGGACACGCACACGAUUAAAUUUGGUGAUAAAAAGACGCAAACCGCGGAAACGAAAGAGAACAUGGAGAAUAGUACCCAAACACCUGUUCGUUCCGCACCUCUCAGUGGCACUUUUGCUUCUUCCGAUUUCCAUGUCAUCUUGUAUUCUGGUAUGGAACCCACUUUUCUCACUGUGUAUAGGUUGAAAUCAUCCUUUUUCGAGCUGUUUGUUGCCAUUAUCAUAGGCAUCUACUUGGCGUUCUUAUUUUUAUUCUUAGAAAAUUAUUCUCGUUUUCAACAAUUAUUGGAGCACGUUUUGUUUCCAAAACAGAAAGUGCAUUAGUAGUUUGUACAAAGAACACGUAGUAUCUCCUCGUAUUGGUCUUUAUUUCACAUUGUUGUCUCCCUCACUAACUAAGCUUUUCUUCUUGUGCCAUAAUCAGGUUCAUCUUCCCCCCCCAUACACUUUGUACACAUUUUCUUUUUCACUUGUCUACUUGUCGAUAUCCAACGCGUGAUGUCUUUGUCCUGUAUUAAGGCUGUGAAAAUGGUAUUCCGUUUUGCCGCACUAACAAGGGCGUUCGUUUGAAUUUGGUGCUGAUAUGUCUGUUUGCACUUUUUUUUCCGAAAGUACUGAACGCCACGUCCCC